AUCCUGAACACUUGCUCAUUGUUCUUAAGGGUCUUCCAUUUUAGUUUUGCUGGUUCACCCUAAAUCAAUCUACGUCGAACGUCUUGUUACUCUGCUCGGCACCAGUUGUUCUGUCGCUCAACUGCGAAUGCACAUUUCAAUUACGAGCUUUCAUAUUGCCAGUAACAUCUGCAGAUUCCAUGGACUGUAGACCUCCGUCAGGAUUUGCUCGCCUCAAAAUGGAUUUUAUGCGAGUUGCAGGACUGAAUUCUAGACAUAUUUUCUGAAACUGAAUAUGUCUGACAACUAUUGAUUUUUAAAAUCGACCAGUUCAAAAUUUAAUUUUGAUAUAUCUUUGUUGUAAAUUCGACUUCGUUUUGCAGUGGAUCCCACUUCGUGGACCAUCGUUUUUAUGUUAAUCUGAUCUGGAUACAUCAGGAAAGAUAGUCAUUCUUAGACUUAAUUAAUUUGAAAUUUCAUUUGAAACGAAGUUCAUUUCAUUAAACUUCGUUUGAAAUUUUUAAGAAAAUUCUUAAGAUUCUAGGAAUUUUACCUUUAAGACUAGUGGAUUCUUUAUCAAGCUACAGUAUAUAUUUUCAAGUAACUUCGGCAAAUCCAAGCGCAUUGCUAAUGGAUGGAUAAAAGAACAAACUUUUAAAAUGGAAACUGAAGAUGAGAAAGCGCCGACUUUCGUCCAAAAACCGAAAUUACGAGAGGACGAUGAAGAAGAUAUCAUCAUCUUCGAAUGUGUCGUAGCAGCGUAUCCGAAACCUGAGGUUGCGUGGUAUUUCGGAAACAAUGUGAUCAAAAAGUCCAAUAAAUUAGUUCCCGUGAUAAAGGAUUUGAGUGUGAAUAGGUUCUAUAUUGCAUUGAAACUUCACGAUCCAGAUGAUGAAGAUUCCGGAUUAUAUAGAUUGACGGUAACGAAUAAGAAAGGCGAGGCAACUGGAUCUAUCAGAGCUAACUUCAAAGCUAUAGAAGAACAUGACCCGGACCAAAAGGCCCCCGUGUUCGAGAAGAAGCCGGCUAUCCGGCAGGAUGAGGACGAAGACCGACUCUACUUCGAAUGCAUCAUUGCAGCCAAUCCCACCCCGACCAUAUCUUGGUUCAGGGAUGACAAACCGGUCGAAAGCAAAGACCGAUUCCAGAUUAAAUGUGAUAAAAAAGGAAAUUCCUAUCACUGUGCACUGGUGAUAGAGGAUGUCGAUGAAGAAGAUGGUGGAAAGUACAAAGUGACGGCAAAAAAUAAUUUCGGAGAAAGCAGUGCGACAAUCAAUUUGAACUUCGAUACCGAAGAAGAGGAGGAAGAAGAAGGCAAACCAGCUUUCACAGGAAAGCCUGUCAUAAAACAAAGCCCAGAUUUCAAAAGUAUUAUUUUUGAAUGCAAUCUUACUGCAGACCCCAAACCCACAUUACAAUGGUUCCACAACGGCAAGGCGAUUAAUGAUGGGGGGCGUUAUAAAUAUAUACUGAAGCAAGUAGCCACAGGGUACAUCGCAUCAGUGGAAAUAGCUUCAGUGGGAUCCGAAGAUGGAGGGGAAUAUAAAGUAGUUGCGAAGAAUUCGGUUGGAGAAGGAUCCGCAACCAUUAAUUUGAAUUUCGAAGGCGAUGCAAGUAAAAAGAUACCUGGAGGCAAAGCCCCUAGGUUUCCCAAGAAACCUGCCAUUAAACAGGAAGGAGACUCUUUAUGUCUAGAGGUCGUCCUGGAAGCCCACCCAUUUCCCAAAAUUAUAUGGUUCCUGGGAACCAAAGAAGUCAAGGAGGGACCAAGGCACAAAAUGAUUAAAAAGGAGACUUCGAAGGACACAUAUGUAUUAACGCUAGAAAUACUUGAUCCUUCACCAGAAGAUGGUGGCACUUACAGAUGUAAUGCUGUUAAUGAGCUAGGAGAGAGCAAUGCAAAUAUUGCUCUUAAUUUACAAGGAGCCGAAGAGGGUCCAACUUUUACACAAAAACCAAAGAUCAUUCCAAAAGAAAAUGGAAAGCUUAUUUUGAUGGAAUGCCAUGUUAAAUCCAAAUCUGCCCUCAGAGUUACAUGGUAUCAAGGAUCUAAGGCUGUUCAAGAGACUAACCGCUUCAAGAGCUCUGUGGUAGAGCUUAGAGGCAAUGAAUAUAAAGUUGCUCUUGAAAUAAGGGAUCCUUCAUCUAAAGAUGGUGGAAUUUAUAAAUGCAAUAUACAAAAUGAUGAAGGAGAAAUCAAUGCCAAUCUUAAUCUGAAUAUUGAAGGUGAUCGCAUCGAAGGUGACGCCCCAACUUUUGUUGAGAAACCAAAGAUUAUUUCUGAAGAUGAUGGCAAAAGGAUUAUCAUGGAAUGCAAAGUCAAAGCUAAUCCCAAACCGACGAUCACGUGGUUUCUAGAUAAUGUUGUCAUAAAAGAGACAAACAGAAUUGUACAGACUGUUAAACAAGAAAAAGAUGUUUACACAAUCAGACUGGAACUCAAAAGUCCAGAGCUGACUGACGCAGGAUUGUACAAGUGCAAUGUCAAAAAUGUUGCUGGCGAAAGCAACGCUAACCUUACACUGAACAUUGAAUUGGCUCCUGUUAUUCGGGAGAAGCCCAAAGUAAUCCGUAGAGAAAGAGAAGAGAAGGUUGUCAUUGAAUGCCAUGUUCGAUCGAACGCCCAGCCAGAAUGUGUAUGGUACAAAGAGAACACAAUGGUUCGCCAGGAUGCCAAACACAAAGUUCAGAUUAGGAAAGUAGACAAAGGAGAAUAUGCAGUCAUGUUGGAAAUUGAGAAACCAGCUAUUACAGAUAAAGGUCUUUAUAAAUUGCAGGCCAAGAACGAGAAAGGUAUCAUAGCAUCCGAGCCGAUCAAGGUGACACUGGAAGACUCUAAAGAAGAAUCUGAAGAAGAGGAGGAAUCAGAAGAAGAAGUAGAACAGAAAAAGGAUGUCAAAAAGUUAGAAAAGAAAGUUGAGAAAAAAGACGAAAAGAAAACAUUGGAAAAGAAAACUUUGGAGAAGAAGGAAGAAAAGAAAACACUAGAGAAAAAGGAAGAAAAGAAAACUCUGGAGAAAAAAGAAGAAACAAUGAAGAAAACAGUAGAAAAGAAAGAAGAGCAAAAAGAAACAACAAGAAAAACUUUGGAAAAGAAAGAAGAGGAAGCAAAAAAAUUAGUGGACAAAAAAGAAGAAUCAUCAUUAGCUAAGAAAACAUUAGAGAAGAAAGAAGAACAAACUUUAGCAAAGAAAACUCUGGAGAAAAAAGAAGAGCAAACUCUGGCAAAGAAAACCAUUGAAAAGAAAGAAGAACAAACACUUGCUAAAAAGACUUUAGACAAGAAAGAAGAACAGAAGGAAACAGUGGGACUGAAGAAAGUAGAAACUAAGGAUGAAAAGAAGGAAACAGUGGGACUGAAGAAAGUAGAAACUAAGGAUGAAAAGAAAGAAACAGUGGGACUGAAAAAAGUGGAAACUAAGGAUGAAAAGAAGGAAGCAGUGGGACUGAAGAAAGUGGAAACUAAGGAUGAAAAGAAGGAAACUGUUGGUCUUAAAAAAUUAGAUGAAAAGAAAGAAGUGACUCAGAAAGUUACCGAGAAGAAAGAAGAAAUUGCUAAGAAAGAUGUGGCAGCAUCCAAACUUGAAACGCAAAAGAAAGAGGUUGAAACAAAAACCACAGAAAAGGUUGGUGUUGAAAAGAAGGACACUAAAUUGGGCCUUUCAAAAGUUGAACCUAAAGUUCCGGAAGAUAAAAAAGAGCCUGAAAAGAAAGGUUUUCUUGCUAAAAAAGAACCAGAACCAAAAGAGGCUCCUAAAAGUGCCCUAGACAAAAAAGAAGCUCCUAAGGAAGAAGAGAAGAAGGCACCUGCUAAAAGAACUUUUAGGAAACCACCACCAGAGGCAGAACCUCCAAAAGAUGAAUUAGGAAAAAUUGUAUUAAAGAAACGCACUGGAAAUCCUCCGAAAAUCACAAAACCAUUAGAAAAUGUGACUGUUGACAUUGGAAAGACCGUCGAAUUCAUAUGCGAAGUUGAAUCAAAAGAAAGAGCAACUAUCACGUGGUACAAAAAUCGAAUAAAAAUAGAUGAGCCUAGGCAUUACAAACAGACUUACGAGGGCAAAACCGCUUCUUUAUUUAUUCAAAGAGCAACUCUCGAUUUCAAUGGAGUAUAUACUUGUGAAGUAACUAACCAGUUCGGUAAAGACGAAUGCUCAGCUACUCUCUUCGUUAAAGAGCCUGGAAUGAAAAUGCCAGAGAUAAAAGAUGUUGAACUUCGAAAAGCUACGCCAUUAGAACCUAUGCCUGUAUUUGAAAUAGAAGAGCCACAGAAAAAAACAGCAGAAGUGAAGAAGGUAGUCAAGAAAAAGAAAAAGGUUCCAGGAAAAGCUGCGGAAGAAGAGGAAGGAACACCUGAGAAGGACAAGCCUAGUGUCCCCGAAAUCCAGGCCGAUGAAGAGCCAACUAAGAAAGGUGGACGGGCCCCGGUCACUGUGGUCAAAGAACCCACACCAGAACCAGCGGCUCGCAAAAAUUCUUUGGAGCCUCCUGGUACUGGAAGUCGAAGAGGUUCAGGAAGUAGCUUAAUGCCUUUAGCACCACCUGCGAGAAGAGGUUCUAUUACCUUAAUCGCUGACGAAAAAGGAUUGCUUACUGAUGAUAAAGGAAAUGUCAAGAAGCUGCGUCCAGGAGAAGUUUUAGAAGUGAGACAACCUCGACGAAAAGCCAGCACAGACAUGAGACGAGCUAGUGUCUCAGAAAUAGAAGAAAGGAUCGAUAAACCGUCCACUCCUUUAAAAUCAAUACCCGAAGAUGAAGAAUGUCCUCCUACCAUCGUUGACUACCAAGAAAACGUAACAGCAGUUGAAGGCGCUACGGCGUACCUCUGCGUACAAGUGGAAGGUAAUCCUGCUCCUGAAUUCCGCUUCUAUAAGGAAGGUUCCGAGAUCUUCGAAGGUGGCCGUUACAAGGUAGUGACGGAUGGCGAGACCAACUCUCUUUAUUUCUGCAUCAGAAAGGCCAAAACCGUUGAUGAAGGUCGCUACAAGAUUGUUGCCUUUAACAAGCUGGGAGAAGACAGCAUUGAGAUCAGCUUAUUCGUUUCAGAUGAAAGUGGAAUGGAUUUCAGAGCAAUGCUUAAGAGAAGGCAAUACGCCAAAUGGGGUCGAGGUGAUGGCGAUCCUGAUUGGGGUAAUCUGAAGCCUGGUGAACAAGAGAGAAGACCGUCUGUUGGUGAUCUAAAGAAAGCUGAUUUCUUUGUGAAGAAACUCGAGGAUCAGCACAUAAAGGAAGGGCGAGACAAGAAAGUCCGCUUUGAAGCUGUCUUUUCUCGAAGCAAUGUUAAAGCCAAGUGGUUCAAAAACAAACAAGAAAUUUACAUGGGCAAGCGAUACCACAUGUCAGCUCAAGGCGACUUGCAUGUUCUUGAGAUCAAUAACCCAACCAUGGAUGAUGAGGCCCGAUACACAAUUCAGUGCAAUGAAGCCACCAGCGUUGGAUACCUAGAAGUGGAUGCUCCUGAUCCAGUAUACAAAAUAAUUAAGAAAUUGCCACCUAGAGUUGAACAGUAUACAUCAAAAGAAGCAGUUCUGGAAUGUACUUGCAAUUCUUCUAAAGCACCUGUAAAAUGGUACAAAGGAAAUCAACAGAUACUGGCUAGUGAUAGAUAUGUGCUUGAUUCUGAUACAUUCGGACAUAAAACAUUGAAGAUCCAGAACUGUCGUGUUGAUGAUAGUGGAGAUUACACAUGCAAAAUUAACGAGGAGGAGAAAACUUCUACGAAACUUGUAAUAACAGACCAAAAAUUCCAGUUCAUGCGGCCAUUAAAGAGUAUGAGAGUCAUGGAGAAAGAAAAAGUAGUACUCGAAUGCGAAGUGGACGAGUAUGAUGCUCCAGUGAAAUGGUUCAAAGGUGACAAGGAACUGGUGAAAAGUAAAGAUAAAAAAUUCGACAUCACACAGGAAGGCAGGAAAAGGAGGUUGAUUUUCAAGAGUGCCAAACUGACUGAUGAAGGAGAGUAUACUUGCAAGACUAAUGAUGAUACAACCACUUGCGAACUGAUAGUGGAACCUGGUAAUAAAUUCUUGAAGAAAUUGAAGGACACUUCAGCUGUAGAACGAGAUCAGGUGGUGCUAGAAAUUGAACUUCAAGACAAAAAAGCACCAGCAGAAUGGUUCAAGGAUGGUCAGCCCAUAAAACCAUCGAAUGAUAUAACUAUUAAAUCUCUUGGUGAUGGCAGACAUCAGUUAAUCAUCAACAACUGCAAGCUUGAGGAUGCUGGUGAAUAUGAAUGUAGGAGCAAAGAGUUGUCUUCUUCUUGCAGACUUGCAGUUGGUGAAGGUGAGAAGCCACCAAAAAUAAGCAGGGACAAAACAGAAUUUUCUGGAAACGUCAACAAACCUCUCACUGCCGAAAUACCAUUUACAAUCCCUGGCACUAAAGUAUCGGACAUUACAUCGAAAUUACUAAGAAAUGGUAAGCCGGUUAUGGCAAAAGAUAUUGAAGUGGUUGUGAAGAACGACAAAGUGGUUAUCACCUUCCGCAAGCCCCCCAGAGAGGCAAGUGGAGAUUACGAACUUUGCCUGGGAAAUGCGACAGGAGAAGACAAAAUGAAGCUCAACUUCAAUUUCAUUGAUGUGCCUCAGCCACCUCAAGGUCCUUUAGAUGUAACGGACAUCUUCCGAGAUCGCUGCAAAUUGUCUUGGAAGCCACCUUUGGAUACCGGUGGAUUGCCACUUACUCAUUACAUGGUAGAGAUGCAGGACACGGGCGCCCGUGGAGGAUGGAUUGAGAUUGGUACCACAGAGGACACCAAAUUCGAUGUUACCGGUUUGGUGAACAAGAAAGAAUACAAGUUCCGUGUUCGUGCAGUGAAUGCCAGAGGAGCCUCGGAUCCACUUGCCACAGCCAAGCCUAUUAUUGCCAAAGAUCCUUAUGAUGAACCGUCGAAGCCCGGAAACGCUGAAGUAACAGACUGGGACUUAGACAUGGUCGAGCUGCAAUGGACACCACCAGAAAAAGACGGAGGAUCGCCAAUCACCGGCUACGUAAUCGAAUAUAAAGAUAAAUUCUCCAAAGAGUGGUCAAAAGGAGCCGAAUUGGGCCCCACUGCAACCAAAGGUAAAGUCGAAGGAUUAAAAGAAGGUGUUCAGUACGAAUUUCGAAUUAGAGCUGUCAAUAAAGCAGGACCUGGUGAACCCAGCGAUCCUACGAAACCAAUUAUUGUAAAGGCUCGCUUCGUGAAACCUUUCAUAAUUGGUGAUGAUCUCAAAAACAUUGUUGUAAAGAAAGGUCAAACUAUCAAAUAUGAUAUAAACAUUGGUGGAGAACCUCCUCCGGAUAUUAAAUGGGACAUCAAUGGAGUAGAAUUAGUUGGAUCGAAGAAAAUUUCGAUCGAUAAAUCGGCAAGGAAUACUAUUCUCACCAUUAAAGAUGCUGAAAGAGCGGACGGAGGAAAGAUAACCUUAACUUUAACCAACAGUGUUGGUUCUACAUCAGCUAAUGCAGAUAUUGUCGUUUUGGACAAGCCAGCACGGCCAGCCGGUCCUCUACAAAUCGAAGAGGUGAAGGCAGAGAAGGCAACAAUCAAAUGGGAUGCUCCCAAGGAUACGGGUGGCAGCGAAAUCGAGGGUUACAUCAUUGAGAAGCAAGACACAGAAACAGGCAGAUGGGUGCCUGCUGGUGAAGUUGGACCACAUGACAGAAAAUUCACCGUGGAACCUCUUACACCAAAGAAGAAGUAUAACUUCAGGGUCAAAGCCAAAAACAAGGAAGGCGAAUCCGAAGCCUUGACUUCUGAUAAGCCAACAUUAGCAAAGAAUCCAUACGAUGAGCCCGGCAAACCAGGAAGACCUGAGAUUGCUGACUACGACAACACAAUGGUAGAAUUAAAAUGGUCAGCUCCUGCCAACGAUGGUGGGGCCCCUAUAACUAACUACGUUAUCGAAAUGAAGGAUAAGCUGAGCAACGACUGGAAAGAAGUUCUAAAAACAGAUGGCAACAAAACCGAAGGAAAGGUGACUGGUCUGAAAGAAAACGAUUCUGUCCAGUUCAGGGUUAAAGCCAUCAAUAAGGCUGGUCCUUCUGAACCUAGUACUGAAACACCUUUGCAUAUUGUCAAGCACAGGAACUUGAAACCAUACAUCGAUCGCACCAAUUUGAAUAAUGUUGUCCUGAAAGUGGGACGAUCCCACAAAUUCGAAGUGGACAUCAGAGGAGAGCCUCCGCCGAAAGUCACAUGGACGUUUGGAGAGGAUUCCAAAUUAUCUAAUAACGAUUUUAUAAAAAUAGACAACAGAGAUUAUCAUUCAGAUCUUUACCUGAAUAAGCUAACAAGGAAACAUUCUGGAAAAUAUAUCAUCACUGCUGUAAAUGCAUCAGGAAAAGACAGCGUUGCUGUAGAUGUAACUGUAUUAGGUGCUCCAUCAAAACCGGAGGGUCCUUUGAAAGUUUCGGACGUCCAUAAAGAAGGCUGCAAAUUGAAAUGGAACAAGCCCAAGGAUGAUGGCGGUCUUCCUAUUAAGCAAUACGAAAUUGAAAAAUUGGACAAAGACACUGGAAGAUGGACACGGUGCGGUAAGACCGAAAGUCCUGAAUUUGAUGUCACAGGUUUGACUCCAGGAAAAGAAUAUCUCUUCAGAGUUGUCGCCACCAAUGAUGAGGGAGAAUCAGAGCCUCUGGAGACACUGGAGCCGAUACUAGCCAAGAAUCCUUAUGAUGAACCUGGCAAACCAGGCACUCCACAAAUUGUAGAUUACGAUAACAUCAAGGUUGAUCUUAAAUGGGACAAACCAAAAUCUGAUGGUGGAGCUCCAAUCACCAAAUACAUUAUCGAGAAGAAAUUAAAAACUAGUCCAGAUUGGGAGAAAGCUCUGGAAGUACCUGGAGACAAGUUGCAAACCGAUGUGGCUGAUCUUAAGGAACGACAGGAAUACCAAUUCCGUGUCAUUGCUGUUAAUAAAGCUGGACCUAGUGAACCCAGUGAUGCUACCAAGAUGCAUCUUGUGAAGCACAGGAGACUGAAACCAUACAUCGACAGAAGCAAUUUGGAUACAAUAACUGUCAAGAAAGGAAAGGUUAUAAAACUAGAAGUGAAUGUAAGAGGAGAACCACCUCCCACGAUAACAUGGAAAUUGAAAGACAAGGUGGUUAAAACCGAAAAUAACGUUGAAGUAGUGAGUGAAGAUUACAAAACGAAAAUUACUAUCAACGAUGCACAACGAAAAGACACCGGCUUAUACGUCAUAAUCGCUGAAAAUGAAGUUGGUCGUGACGAAGCCCAAAUUGAGUUUGUCGUCCUCGCCGCACCUAGCAGACCAACUGGCCCUCUCAAGGUGAGCGAUGUUACGGCUAAGGGCUGUAAGUUGAAAUGGUCCAAGCCAGAAGACGACGGCGGAAAACCUAUUGCCGGAUAUGCCGUUGAGAAAUUAGAUACAUCUACUGGCAACUGGGUGCCAGUUGGCAGGACGGAUAUUCCUGAAAUGGACGUUGACGGAUUGACACCUGGCAAGGAAUAUCAGUUCCGUGUGAAAGCGAUUAAUCCAGAAGGAGAAUCUGAACCCUUGGUUACAGACAGGGCAACAUUAGCCAAGAAUCCUUACGAUGAACCAGGUGCACCUGGAACACCUGAAAUCGUAGACUGGGAUGAAAACCACGUCGAUUUGAAAUGGACACCACCAAAGAAUGAUGGUGGAGCUCCAAUUACAGGAUAUAUUGUAGAAAAGAAAGAGCGUUAUGGCCCAGGAUGGGAGCCUUGCCUCACUACAUCUAGUCCAAAACCUGAAGCUAAAGUUGAAGGCCUUCAGUAUGGCAACAAUUAUCAGUUUAGGGUUCGAGCUGUCAACAAGGCUGGACCUGGUGAACCAAGCGAAUCAACUAAAUCUCAUACUGCCAAGCCUAGAUACUUGGCUCCGAGAAUUGUGCGAGACAAUAUGCAGCAAAUCGUUGUGAAAGCCGGUCAAAGCGUGAAACUCGACGUUGAAGUCAUCGGCGAGCCUCCGCCCACCUGCACUUGGACAUUCGGUGGAAAGCCUCUGGAAAUUGGAGAUUCUAUUAAAGUAGAAAAUGAGGAAUAUAACACUCAUCUCAGUAUCAAGAAUGGAGUGCGCAAACAAUCUGGAAAAUAUAAAUUGACAGCUGUCAAUAGCUCAGGAAAAGACGAGGAAGAUGUUGAAAUCAUAUUCCUUGAUAAACCUUCAAGGCCCGAAGGACCAUUGGAAGUAUCUGAUGUUCAUGCGGAAGGGUGCAAGUUGAAAUGGAACAAACCAAAAGAUGAUGGUGGAACUCCCAUCACAGGAUAUGCUCUGGAGAGGAUGGAUCCCACCACGGGAAGGUGGAUUCCGGCGGGUCGGGUUGAUAAAGAUAAGACCGAGGCUCCAAUAACAGGACUGGAUCCUGGCAAGAAAUAUCAGUUCCGCGUCAAAGCACUUAACGACGAAGGAGAAUCAGAACCUCUGGAAACAGAGAGAGCCACUUUGGCUAAAAAUCCAUAUGACGAGCCUGGUCCACCUGGUCUCCCAGAGAUUACCGAUUACGACACUGAUUUUGUUAAUUUGAAAUGGGAGCCGCCCAAAAGAGAUGGUGGUGCACCUAUCACAGGUUACAUCGUUGAGAAGAAGGACAAGUACAGUAAUGACUGGACACCUGUGAAAGAGGUGGAAGGGAACAUUCCGCAGGCAAAGGUCACAGGCCUCAAUGAGGGAGACAAAUAUGAAUUCCGUGUUCGGGCUGUGAACAAGGCCGGGCCGGGAGAACCUAGCCAAUCGACUUCGCCUCAUCUGGCCAAACCCAAGAAUUUAAAACCACGCAUCGAUCGAACGAACCUGAAGAACAUAAUCGUAAAAGCCAACCAAAUGGUGAGCUUCGAUGUGGACAUUAUCGGAGAGCCGCCACCGAAAGUUCAGUGGCAUUUCGAUAAGAAACGCAUCGACGAUGGUGACGUUUACAAUAUUAACAAUGUGGACUAUAAUAGCAAAUUCUGCUUGCCAAAAGCAGCAAGAAAACACUCUGGAAUAUACUGCAUCACCGCUACAAACCCAUCGGGAAGCGAUGAAGCCGAAGUGGAGAUUACAGUUUUGAGCAAGCCCAUGCGUCCUAACGGUCCUCUGGAAGUAUCGAACGUGACAAAGGAAGGCUGCUCGUUGAAAUGGAAGAAACCCGACGACGAUGGAGGUUCACCCAUUGAAUAUUAUGAGAUCGAGAAAAUGGACACUGAGACUGGCAUGUGGGUUCCAGCUGGACGAUCAGAGGAGCCAAAGUUUGAUGUGAAGAAUCUUGUUCCAGGAAAGAACUAUAAAUUCCGAGUCAGGGCCGUCAACAAGGAAGGUGAUUCGGAUGAAUUGCAGACAGAGAAGGCAACUCUUGCUAAGAAUCCAUUUGAUGAGCCCAGUAAACCUGGCAGACCAGAAGCUACUGAUUGGGAUAGUGACCAUGUAGACUUGAAGUGGAAGGCUCCAGAGUCUGAUGGAGGCGCUCCAAUUACAGGAUAUCUCAUUGAGAAGAAAAAGAAAGGCACAUAUAAGUGGCACAAGGCCAAGGAGACUCUUGGUCCAGCAACUUCAGCCACAGUAGAAGAUCUAGAAGAGAGAGAAGAAUAUGGAUUUAGAGUCAUUGCUCUCAACAAAGCGGGUCUAAGUGAACCCAGCGAGCCAUCCCAAUCAGUUAUUGCUAAACCUAGAUCCCUGGCACCACGUAUCGAUAGGACCAACCUUGGUAAUCUGAUCAUCAAAGCCGGCAACGUCGUGAAACUCGAUGCAGAUGUUAAGGGUGAACCUCCGCCCAAGAUCACGUGGGCAUUCAAAGGAGAACCACUGGUUAACGGUGAAAAGGUGAAAAUCGACAACGAGGAGUACCAUACAUUGUUCAUUCUAAGCAAAACCAAACGAUCCGAUACCGGCAAAUAUACAGUCACAGCUGUGAACAGUGCUGGCAAAGAUGAAGUAGAAGUUGAAAUCACAGUGCUAAGCAAGCCAAGUAAACCAAAAGGACCGUUGGAGGUAUCUGACGUCCAUGCUGAGGGUUGCAAGUUGAAAUGGGACAAGCCAGAAGAUGAUGGAGGACAACCUAUCAAAGAGUACGUUAUAGAAAAAAUGGACACUGAUACUGGUAGGUGGCUUCCUGUCACCACCACCAAAGAGCCCGAAGCUGAAAUUUCUGGCUUAAUUCCCGGAAAAGAAUACAAAUUCAGAGUUAAAGCCGUCAAUCCUGAAGGAGAAUCUGAACCUCUGGAGACAUCAACGGGAACUGUUGCAAAGAAUCCUUUCAAUGAACCCGGCAAACCAGGUAAGCCCACAGCACAUGACUGGGCCAAGCAUUAUGCAGAUCUUAUGUGGAAACCACCCGAGAGUGAUGGAGGAGCUCCAAUCACAAGUUACAUCAUUGAAAAGAAAGACAAGUACAGUACAAAAUGGCAAAAAGCAACAGAGACCAUUGGCGAUAAAUGUGAAGCUAGAGUGUCUGAUCUCAUUGAAGGAAUGGAGUAUAAUUUCCGCGUUCGGGCUGUGAAUAAAGCCGGACCCAGUGAACCCAGUGAUCCUAGCUCUCCAGUGAUUGCCAAACCCAGAUUCUUGGCACCACAGAUCUCUGGUUUGAAAGAUAUAACCGUCAGGGCCGGCCAAACUGUAAAAAUGGACGCUAAAGUGAUCGGUGAACCUCCGCCAAAGAAAUUGUGGUUCUUAGGAAAGGAACAAUUGAAAUCAGGAGGACGAGUUACCAUCGAAACCGAAGAUUAUCGAACUAAAAUCACCAUCAAUGCGGCUGAGAGGAAAGACGUCGGGGAAUACAAACUGUGCGUUGACAAUGCCUCUGGAAAAGAUGAGGCUAUUGUUAAUUUAGUUGUUUUGGAUAAACCUGGCAAACCUCGAGGACCUUUAGACAUUUCGGAUAUCAAUGCCGAAGGUUGUAAACUAAAGUGGAAAGAACCCGAGGACGAUGGAGGAUCUCCCAUUGAGUUCUAUGCAGUGGAAAAAAUGGACAUGGGCACUGGACGAUGGGUUCCCGCUGGACGUUCAAGCAAACCGGAACUUGAACUUAAUAAUUUGCUUCCCGGUCAAGAAUAUAAAUUCAGAGUCAUGGCAGUAAAUGCUGAAGGCGAAUCCACACCACUGGAAGCUGAAAAAUCAAUCAUCGCCAAGAAUCCUUAUGAUCCUCCUGGCAAACCAGGAAUCCCAGAGCCCACUGACUGGGACAAAGAAUGGGUAGAUUUGAAAUGGACAAAACCAUUGAAGGAUGGAGGAAAUCCUAUCGUUGGUUACCUCAUUGAAAAGAAAGAGAAGGAUUCCAGUGUUUGGUCAAAAGCUGCGCAGAUUGACAAGCCAGUGUGUGAAGGACGAGUCGAGAAUUUGAUACCAGGAGAGACUUACCAAUAUCGAGUAAAAGCCAUCAAUGCUGCCGGUCCUGGUGAACCCAGCGAUGCAACGAAACCUCUCACAGCGAAACCGAGGAAAAUGCCUCCAAGAAUUGAUCGCAGAACACUGAAGCCAAUCACGGUGAAAGCCGGUCAGCCAUUCUCAUUGGAUGUGAAAAUUGCUGGAGAGCCUCCUCCAAGCGUGCGCUGGAUGUUGAAAGAUGGUCCAGUACCAGAGAGGUAUGACUUCCAGAUCAAAAACGUGCCCUACAAUUCCAAGAUUGAGUGCGAAAAGGCUGAAAGGAAAGACAGUGGCAUUUACAAAAUCUUUGCUAGCAAUCCUCAUGGGCAAGACCAGGCCGAUGUGGAAAUCACAGUUCUUUCAAAGGCAUCGAAACCAGAAGGCCCAUUAGAGGUGUCCGAUGUGAAGAAAGACGGCUGCAAAUUGAAGUGGAACAAACCUAAAGACGAUGGUGGACAUCCAUUGGAGGGAUACUUAGUUGAGAAACAAGAUCCUGAGAGUGGCAACUGGGUGCCAGUAGGAAAGACACAUUCUCCUGAAAUGGAAGUGACCGGACUUGCACCAGGAAAGGCAUAUAAUUUCCGAGUCAAAGCUUUGAAUCCUGAAGGAGAAUCUGAUCCUUUGGAAACAUACACGCCAGUUAUUGCCAAAGAUCCUUUCAAGGAAUCCGGUGCUCCUGGAAAACCGGAAGUCACUGACUGGAAUAAGGACCACGCUGACCUGAAAUGGACUGCACCUGAAAAUGAUGGCGGUGCUCCUAUUACGGCAUACGUCGUUGAGAAGAAAGAGAAAGGAGGACCAUGGGAGAAGGCUUUAGAAGUGCCAGGAGAUAAAUUAAAAGCUACUGUACCUAAUUUAGCAGAAGGAAAAGAAUACGAAUUUAGAGUAGUGCCAAUUAAUAAGGCUGGACCUGGAGAACCCAGUGAUCCUUCAAAUGCAAUUAUCGCCAAACCACGAUUUUUGCGGCCGACUAUUGAUCGAUCGAUGUUCGACGACUUGACCGUAAAGGCUGGACAGCCAAUCAAAUUUGACGUGAAUGUGUCCGGAGAACCACCUCCAACGAUCACUUGGCAAGUGAAUGACCGGGACCUAAAGGGAGAAACCAGAACGACGCUGGAGAAUGUCGACUACAAUACCAAACUUACGAUUCGUCGUGUAACUCGUGCUGACAGCGGGAGAUAUACAAUCAAUGCUGUCAAUGAAAGUGGAAAGGAUACAGCCACUGUUUCUGUACUUGUGGUCGAUGCUCCACUUGCGCCUGAAGGCCCACUUGAAGUAACGGAUGUCCACAAGGAAGGUUGCAAACUGAAAUGGAAGAAACCCAAAGACGACGGCGGUGUGCCAUUGCAAGGAUACGAAGUGGAGAAAAUGGAUCCAGAAACGGGUACUUGGCUACCAGUUGGAAAGACAAGAGAACCAGAGAUGGAAGUUACUGGUCUCACCCCUGGUAAGGAUUACAAAUUCCGAGUGAGGGCAGUUAACAAAGAGGGAGAAUCGGAUCCUCUGGAAACGAAGGCACCAAUCACUGCAAAGAAUCCUUUUGACGAACCUGGAAAGCCGAGCAAACCAGAGGUCACUGACUGGGACAAGGACCAUGUGGACCUGAAGUGGACUCCACCAGCAUCUGAUGGUGGAUCUCCAAUCACGGGAUACAUUGUCGAAAAGAAAGAUAAAUGGGGAGAUUGGGAGAAAGCUUUAGAAGUUCCUGCUGACGAGACAAAGGCAACUGUGCCGAAUCUUAUCCAAGGACAACCUUACGAGUUUAGAGUGAAAGCUGUGAAUAAGGCUGGCCCUGGUGAACCCAGCGCUCCAACCGAUCCUGUUAUUGCAAAAUCGAGAAAAGUGCCACCUAAGAUCGAUCGAACUAACUUAAACAAAAUUCGAGUGAAAGCUGGACAGUCAUUCCACUUCGAUGUAAAUGUCACUGGUGAGCCAGCACCCACUACUGCUUGGCUGAAAAAUGGAAAGAAAAUCCUUUCUACUGACACAAUCAAGCUGGAAGACGUGCCAUAUAACACAAAACUGUCAGCUAAGCAUGUAAGGCGAGGAGAUGGUGGAAAGUAUACUAUUGUUGCCACUAAUGAACAUGGAAAAGAUGAAGCAGAUGUCGAAGUAACAGUCCUUGAUCAUCCAUCUCCCCCCAAUGGACCUCUGAAAAUAGAAGAUGUCCAUGCAGAAGGCUGCAAUCUCAAAUGGUUCCCACCUUCGGACGAUGGUGGAGCCCCGAUUGACCACUACGAAGUGGAAAAGUUGGAUCCACAAACUGGCCAGUGGGUACCGGCAGGAGAAACAAUUGGCGCAGAUACCAAUCUUAAAGUGAAAGGUUUAACGCCAGGAAAAGAAUACAAAUUCAGAGUAAAAGCAGUAAACAGAUUGGGUGAAUCAGAACCAUUAACAGCCCAACAACCUAUUUUGGCCAAAAAUCCUUAUGACCCACCUUCACCUCCUGGUCAGCCUGAAAUUGCUGAUUACGACAAAGACUUUGUUACUCUGAAGUGGAAAAAGCCAUUUAAUGAUGGCGGCUCACCCAUCACAGGCUAUGUUGUCGAAAAGAAGGAUAAGUACAAUCCUGAUUGGGUGCCGAUACAAGACGUACCUGGAGACGAAGAACGAACUACUAUACCUGAUUUAGUGGAAGGCAACCAGUACGAGUUCCGUAUAAGGGCUGUCAACAAGGCGGGAGCCAGCGAACCCAGUGAGCCUACAGCUCCCCACACUGCUAAACCCAAGAAACAGCCUCCUAAGAUUGAUCGCAAUGCUAUGUUCAACAUACGUGUCAAGGCUGGUAAAACUUUCGAGCUAGAUGUUCCUGUAAGCGGUGAGCCACCUCCUACCAAGAAGUGGAACAUAGGCACUAAAGAAUGCGAUACCUUACCCAGGUGGACUGUGAUCAAUCAAGACUACAGCACUAAAUUAUCUGUCAGAAAUGCAGAGAGAGGAGACAGUGGUCAACUCACACUGUCUGCAAGAAAUCAGCAUGGCAACGACUCAGCUACUAUCACCAUCACAGUUCUAGCGGCACCUUCCGCUCCGGAAGCUAUGCAAAUUAGCAAUGUAACAAAGGAUGGCUGUCUUGUAGCUUGGAAACCACCAAAGGACGAUGGUGGGUCCGAGAUCUCCCACUAUCUGGUCGAGAAAAAGGACACCGAAUCAGGAAAAUGGGUUCCUAUUGGAGAAUCUAUCAACCCUCAGAUCAGAGCUGACAAACUCAUCGAAGGACAUGAGUAUCAGUUCAGAGUGCGAGCAGUCAACAAGGAGGGAGAAUCACCGUGGCUGUUAGGAAGAGAGCCGAUCGUCGCCAAAAAUCCAUUUGACCAACCAGAUAAACCCGGAGCACCGCAAGUCGUGGAUUGGGACAGUGGUCAAGUAGAUUUGGCUUGGAAUCCACCGCGAAGAGAUGGUGGUGCUCCUAUCACUGGUUACAUUAUCGAGAAGAAACCGAAAAACAGUCCCGUUUGGGAAGAGGCCGCCAGGGUGGACGGAAAUGAAACUCGUGCCACCGUGCCAGGGCUUAAAGAUGGUGACGAAUACGAGUUCAGAGUCACAGCGGUCAACAAAGCUGGACCCAGUGAGCCUAGUGAACCGUGUGCACCAGUUCUUAUCAAGCCAAAAUAUUUGGCGCCAAGUCUCGAUAAAUCUCUCCUCCACGACAUCAAGGUCAGGGUUGGUAGACCCAUCAACUAUGCCAUUCCCAUCAAGGGCGAGCCGACUCCAACAGUGCAAUGGACCAUCAACAACAAACCUGCAGUGUCCAAACGCAUUGAAAUCUUAUCCACAGCUACACAGACUACACUCGACAUCAUGAACUCUGAAAGGAGUGAUUCCGGAAAAUAUACUCUGACACUACAAAACACUUCAGGAACGAUAUCUGCCUCAGCCAAUGUGAUUGUGAUGGAUCGUCCAAGUCCACCUGAAGGACCACUUGGAGUAACUGAUGUGUGCAAGGAUUCUGCAACCGUCACUUGGAAAGCUUCGAAAGAUGACGGUGGAUCUCCUAUUAAACACUAUCUUGUUGAGAAAAUGGACACUACUAGAGGCACUUGGAGUGAAGUGGGCACAACACUGGACUUGAAACUUAAAGUGCCGAAACUCAUUUAUAAAAAACGAUAUCAUUUCCGAGUGAAGGCGGUGAACGAAGUUGGAGAAUCGGACCCACUGGAGACCAAACAAGAGACCAUAGCCAAGGAUGCAUAUGAGCCACCUCAGGCUCCUGGAAAACCGCAAGUGACAGAUUAUGAUAAAGACCGCGUGGAUUUGGCUUGGACCGCUCCUAAAGACACUGGCGGCGCUCCUCUGACAGGAUAUACCAUCCAAAAGAAGGAAAGAGGCUCACCUAUCUGGACCAAAGCUGCAGACGUGCCAGCUAGUCAGACCAAAUGCACCGUGCCCGGUCUCACGGAAGGCAACGAUUAUGAAUUCCGCGUUAUUGCCAAUAACAAGGCUGGAGAAAGUGAACCUAGUGACCCGUCGGACUUUGUAACUGCCAAACCCAAAUUCCUGGCACCUAAGAUUAUGACUCCUCUGAGAGAGAUGAAAGUUCGUGGCGGCAUGACGCUGACAGCAGACAUCAAAUUCAUUGGUGAACCCCCGCCGAAAGUUGAGUGGUCUUUGAAUGGCAAACCUGUAACGAGUGAAGACAGAGUAACCAUUUCGAACUUUGAUGACCACACUAUUUUGAACAUCAUCGACGUGAAACGUUCAGACAGCGGACCAUACACUUUGACAAUUAAAAAUGAACACGGAAAAGACAGUGGCAUUUUGGAUGUCAACAUACUAGACAAGCCUGGACCACCUGAAGGACCACUGAACAUUGAUGAAGUUGACAAAGAUAGAGUGAAAUUAUCUUGGAAACCUCCUAAAGAUGAUGGCGGAAGUCCAUUAACUGGUUACAUCGUAGAGAAGCGAGAUAAGACCCGAGGAGGAAGCUGGUUACCUGCAGUGGCCUUCGUGAAUCCAACCAGCAGGAAUUGUGUUGUUCCUAAGCUGACAGAGGGAACGGAAUAUGAAUUCCGUAUUAUGGCUCAGAAUGCAAAUGGUAUCUCUGAGCCACUCACAACGGAUAAGCCAGUCGUGGCCAAGAGUCCAUAUGGUGUUCCUGGCCGCCCUGGUCAGCCCGAACCAGUGGAUUACGACAGGGACUUCAUUAAAUUGAAAUGGGAACCUCCUCGCUCGAAUGGAGGUUCUCCCAUCAUUGGGUACGACAUUGAAAGGAAAGACAAGAAGUCCAACCGGUGGGUUAAGGUUAACAAAGCACCUGUGCCUGGUUGCAUAUUUACGGAUGAUACUGUGACCGACGGUCAUCAAUAUGAGUACAGAGUAUCUGCUAAAAACGCAGCUGGUUCUGGUGAACCAAGCGAAGCUUCUGUGCCAAUUAUUGCUAAGCCAAUGAAAGAAAAACCCAAACUGCAUCUGGAUGGGCUUUAUGGCAAAGUCAUUCGUGUUAAAGCAGGGGAUCCACUUAACAUCAGCAUGCCUUUGACUGGAGCACCUACUCCAACUGUCGAUUGGGCUGUGAACGAUAAGAGACUGCCGCCAACUAAUCGCAUACAGACCAAAACAACUGAUGACAGCAUUAGUCUUUCCAUACCAGUCACACAGAGAUCCGACAGCGGAAAGUAUACUGUUACAGCUAAAAAUGCUCAUGGUGAAGAUUCUGCUGACAUCACUGUAUUGGUGUAUGAUAAACCUGGACCACCAAAGAACCUCGAAUAUCCAGAAGUAACUGCUGGUUCAGUCACUCUGAAGUGGAAGAAACCCGACGAUGAUGGCGGAUCCGAAAUAACAGGCUAUCAGGUUGAAAAAUGUGAAGUUGGAGUUGAAAGGUGGACUCCGGUGGCCUCUUUCUGUCCAACAACCACAUGCGUGGCUAGGAAUCUGGACGAAGGAAAGCAGUACCGAUUCCGCGUGCGAGCCGAGAACAUGCACGGAGCCAGCGAGCCUCUUGAAGGAAAACCAGUGUAUGCUAAGAAUCCAUUUGACACUCCUGAUGCUCCAGGACAACCCAAAGUGAAAGAUUUCGGUCCAAAUUUCGCAAACAUUGCAUGGACUCCUCCUACUAAUGAUGGUGGAAAACCCAUCACCGGUUACAUUAUAGAGAAGAGGGAACGUGGCACACCUGAUUGGUUCAAGGUGAACUCUUACCCUACACCUCACACAGAAUUCAAUGUGCCAAACUUGACGGAAGGAAAGACCUACGAAUUCCGAGUUAUGGCUGUCAAUGAAGGAGGUCCUGGGAAACCAAGCAAACCAUCUAGUCCAAUUACAGCCAAAGAGCAGAAAUUCGCACCUAGUGCUCCAGAUAUGCCUCGUGUGGACAAGGUGACCAAGAACUCCGUGACUUUAUCAUGGGGAAAGCCUUUGCAUGAUGGUGGUAGCAAGAUUCAAGGCUAUCUGAUUGAAAAGAAACCAAAAGGAGCAAAAGAUUGGGAUAUUAUUAAUACUGUUCCACAUCCGGACACUACAUUUACGGUGCCGAAUCUGAAAGAAGGAGACGAGUAUGAGUUCCGAGUCAUUGCUGUCAAUGAUGUUGGGGAUAGUCCACCGAGUCGACCAUGUGAUUUAGUUAAAGUAGAAGAUCAACCUGAUAAACCUCGAAUCGAUGCUGGAGCUCUUAAAGACAUAACUGUUAAGGCAGGAGAGGAAUUCAGCUUGACUGCGCCUUUCACUGGCUUUCCAAAACCGAAUGCAAUCUGGUCGAGAAACGAAGUUGAUUUGGAUGAUAAGGAUCCAAGAUGCUUUUUCAAGGUUGGCGAUGAUUAUGCAGUACUGGGUGUUUCUAAUGCCAAGCGUUCGGAUAGUGGGCAGUACAAAUUAUUCUUGAAGAAUAUCUCCGGAUUUGAUACAUGCUACUGCAAAGUUACAGUUUUAGAUCGUCCGGGUCCACCCGAACAUCUGAAAGCAGAAGACGUCGAGGGGGAUUCUUUGACAUUGAAAUGGAGUCCACCGAAGGAUGAUGGAGGCGCCGAAGUCUCCAAUUACAUUGUUGAGAAGCGCGAGAAAGGAACGACAAUCUGGUCCAGAGUGAGCAGUUUUGUAAAUGGAACAUCCACCAGAGUACGAAAUUUGACAGUUGGAAGGCAGUAUGAAUUCCGAGUAAUGGCUGAAAACUUAUACGGAACAAGCGAUCCAGCUACCAUGGAUCCAGUAUAUGCCAAAUUACCUUUUGAUCCUCCAGGAGCUCCAGGAAUACCCCACUCUGUGGAGACUUCAACAGAUUCUAUUACUCUAUCCUGGACCAAGCCUAGGACGGAUGGUGGAAGUCCCGUCACAGGCUAUAUCCUGGAAAAGAGGAAAAUUGGUGACAACAAAUGGACGAGGGCCACAAAUGUUACAAUACCUGGUCUUACACACAGAGUUACGGGUCUUCAAGAAAACCAAGAAUAUGAAUUCCGCGUGGCAGCCUGUAAUGAGGCUGGCCAAGGACCUUGGAGCUCAAACUCGGAUGGAAUAGUAGCCAGGAUGCCGCCAUGUCCUCCAAAACUGGAUACUAGUUUUGCAAUGAGAGACUUGACUGUUCCGGCUGGCGAGCCAUUCACCAUUAGAGUGCCAUAUAUUGGUAGCCCACCACCUACUGCUUUAUGGACUGUGAACCAAAAUGAAAUAAAACCGGAUGAUCGGGUAACUAAUGAAGUGAGUGAAGACUUCGUAGUAUUGAUAAAUAAGAAGAGCAAGAGAGAGGACUCAGGACGCUAUACUCUGAAGCUGACGAAUUCGCAGGGUACAGAUUCCGCAUCUUGUAGGGUUAACGUUGUUGAUAAACCAGGGCCACCUCAGGGACCAUUAGAAAUAAGUGAUAUUACUCCAGAAAAUUGUUCCUUGUCCUGGAAACCACCUGUGGAUGAUGGUGGAAGCCCUAUCACAAACUACGUUGUUGAGAAACUGGAUCCAUCUUUGAAUGCAUGGAUAAAAGUCAGCAGUUACGUUCGCGGAUGUCACUACGAUGUCAUUGGCUUAGAACCAAACAAGAAGUACAGCUUCAGAGUAUCUGCUGAGAAUCAAUAUGGCGUUGGGCCACCGCUGACAUCGGAGAAACCCAUCAUAGCCAAGUUUCCCUUCGACGUGCCCAGUCCUCCAGGUACUCCUCAGAUUACCGAUUCGGACGAGACGAGCGUCAAUCUUAUUUGGGAAAGGCCCAAGAGUGAUGGUGGUUCCAAGAUCCAUGGAUAUCAAGUGGAAUUCAGAGAUCCCAGAGAUGGAAGAUGGAGACCGGUGUCUGAUCAAUUAGUUAAGGACACUACAAUGAGAGUGCCUAACUUGAUGGAAAAUGCAGAGUAUGAGUUCCGUGUGAAAGCAAAGAACGCUGCUGGAUUCAGCGCACCUAGUAAACCCACAGCAUCAUUCAAGGUCAAAACGAAAUCAAGUGUGCCAUCACCUCCUCUAAAUGUGAGAGUGAGUAAAGUUGGCAGAAGUUACGUGGAUGUCAAGUGGGACAAACCUCGCACGGAUGGCGGCAGCAAAAUCACAGGCUACAUCAUUGAACGCAGAGAAAAGAACAGCAACGUUUGGAUACGAGCAAAUGACUACAACACUCCUGAUCUCGAAUAUACUGUCAUCAACUUAACGGAGAACCAUGAAUAUGAAUUCCGAGUGUUUGCUGUGAAUGCAGCUGGUAAAAGUGAUCCUAGUAACACAACUAUGCCCACCAAAGUCACCGAUACUCCAGAUGGAUCGCGACCCGAAUUCGUUAAACCUUUGUCCAACAAGAGUUGUAACCUCAAGAAACCUGUCACGCUUGAAUGUGAAGGUUUUGGCAAACCCUUCCCCACUGCUAGAUGGUUUAAGAAUGGUCGAGAAAUCCAUCCAGCUGGUCGCAUCACUCAGAAGGAUAUGGAGACCGGUGUGUUCAAACUGGUCUUCUCAGAAGUGUGGGACACUGAUGAAGGAGAAUACACUGUCGAGCUCAGCAACAGCGUUGGAGCUGUGAAAUGUUCAGCACGUCUUAACAUUGCAUCUGCACCCAAAAUCGAACGUUGUCCUAACGAAGUAACUUUCCCUGAACACGACAACGGAAAAAUCAAGAUCUUUUAUUCUGGUACUGGACCAUUCGAUGUCCAACUCUACAAGGAUGGUCUGGAGGUGAAAGAAGACAAACAUCUCAAGUUCACUGUCUUUGAUGACUACGUUAUCAUAUACUUAAGAGAAGCUCUGAAAACUGAUGAAGGCAAAUACAAGAUCAUUGUAAAGAACGACAGCGGCCAGGCUGAUGCCACAUUCGCCUUGAAAGUCACAGGACUUCCUGGACCACCACAAGGACCUCUCGAAGUCUCAGACAUCACACAGAACACAGCUACCAUCGCUUGGAGACCGCCUCUAUAUGACGGUGGCAGCAAAAUCACCAACUACGUUGUUGAACGCAAAGAGACCAGUCAUAGUCAAUGGAUAGUGGCUUCCAGUUACUGCAGAGAAUUGGUGUUCACUGUCCAAGGAUUGACCGAGGGAGGAGAGUAUUUGUUCCGUGUCAUGGCUGUCAAUGAAAAUGGACAGAGCCAACCUCUAGAAGGCACCAAUCCUAUUAUAGCGAAAUUGCCAUAUGACAAACCAAGUGCACCUGGUGUCCCUGUUGUGACCGAAGUAGGAGGCGACUUUGUCAAUCUGUCUUGGGAGAAACCAGAGAGUGACGGUGGCAGCAGAAUCCAAGGAUACUGGGUCGAGAAGCGAGAAGUCGGAACUCUGGCAUGGCAGAGAGUGGGACCAAACUUGUCCAUCACGACCCAAGUGAAUAUCUCUAACCUGAUUGAGGACAGGCAAUACGAAUUCAGAGUGUUUGCAGUCAACGAAGCAGGCAUGAGUCCGCCUUCGAGUAAUUCCACUUCAGUCAAAAUUAAAGAUCCUAAUGCUCCAGUACCACCAGAAUUUGUCAUACCUCUUCGAAAUGUUAUGGCGGUUGAAAACAAGAGCGCUCAAUUCACAUGCAAAGUUACUGGAAAUCCAAAACCAACGAUUACAUGGUACAAGGGCACUCGAGAGUUGAUGGAUGGUGGCAAGUACACAAUGCUGAAGGAUGGAGAUACUUACUCGCUGGUCGUGAGCGAGGCAUACGGGGAAGAUGCCGACGAAUACGCUUGCAGAGCUACAAACAAAGGAGGCUCAAGGACAUCAAGAGCUGAGCUCCUUAUUAAAACUGCACCAGUAUUGCAUGUACCUCCUCGAUUCCGCGAACUGGCGUGCUUCGAAAAAGGUGAGAACGUUACUCUGAAGAUUCCAUUCACUGGCCUGCCCAAGCCCAAAAUCAAGUGGUCCAAGGACGGCGACGAGAUCGAGACUGGCAUGCGUUACGACGUCUCUGUGGGCGAGAGGCACGCUAUCCUUACCAUCAGAGAUGUCCAGAAAUGGGAUAACGGACCAUACAGAAUUGUUGCGGAGAAUGAGCUCGGAGUGGAUUCUGCCAUCAUCAAAGUACAAAUCAAUGAUAAACCCGAUCCACCUAGAUUCCCAGUGGUUGAAACCAUUUGCGAUGACUUUGUUACAUUAUCAUGGAAGCCUCCAUUAUGGGAUGGUGGAAGCCAUGUCAGUAGUUAUCUGAUUGAAAAGCAAGAAUGUCCAAUGACCAGCUGGAUUCGAUGUGGAAACACAAGGUUUACAUAUCACACAAUAAAUGGAUUGAAUCCUGGAAAAGAUUACGUUUUCCGAAUUUAUGCUGAGAAUGUUUAUGGUAGGAGUGAUCCUAGCGAACCAACUCAACUCGUCACUACUAAAUUGAAAGAAAAAGAUGCAGCUAGAAGGAAGCAUUACAUGUUGGACGCACAAGGCAAAAGGAUACGUGGAAAGUCUGAAGGAAAAGUUAAAAACUAUGAUCAAUUUGUUUUCGAUGUCUUCGACAAAUAUAUUCCUCAGCCAGUUGACAUAAAAACGUCAAGUGUAUACGAUAAGUACGAUAUACUUGAAGAAAUCGGAACGGGAGCCUUCGGAGUGGUCCACAGGUGCAGGGAGAGGAAGACGGGCAACAUCUUCGCUGCCAAAUUCAUUCCCGUUGCUCAUCCUAUGGAGAAAUCUCUCAUCAGGAAAGAAAUAGAUGUGAUGAAUCAUCUGCACCAUCCAAAACUGGUGCACCUACACGACGCAUUUGAAGAUGAUGAUGAGAUGGUUCUCAUUUAUGAAUUUAUGUCUGGUGGCGAGCUUUUCGAAAAAAUUACGGAUGACAGUUACUUCAUGUGCGAAGCAGAAGUCAUAAAUUAUAUGAGGCAGAUAUGUGAGGGAAUGAAGCAUAUGCAUGAAAAGAACAUCAUUCACUUGGAUAUCAAGCCUGAAAAUAUUAUGUGUCAAACUAAGGCCAGCAACAACAUCAAACUAAUCGACUUCGGCCUGGCUACUAAGCUGGAUCCGAACGAAGUUGUUAAAAUUUCGACUGGAACUGCUGAAUUUGCUGCCCCUGAAAUCGUGAAUAGAGAGCCAGUGGGUUUCUAUACUGAUAUGUGGGCCGUAGGUGUUCUGGCAUAUGUCCUGCUGAGUGGUCUAUCGCCAUUUGCCGGCGACAACGAUGUUGAGACGCUAAAGAAUGUGCGGGCAUGCGACUGGGAAUUUGACGAUGAAGCUUUUGCCAAUAUAUCUAAUGAAGGCAAAGACUUUAUCAGUAAAUUGCUCACCAGAAGUAAAGAUAAACGAAUGACAGCCCACGAAUGUCUAGAACAUCCUUGGUUGAAGGGUGAUCUCAGUCAUGAUACAAGAAUUCGCAUUCCAAACAGAAGAUAUGUUAAAUUCCGUGAUGAUAUUCGAGACAAAUACGCUGAUUCUUGGAAGAACUGCUUACUUCCUUUUGGCCAUAUCGCUAAUUACAGUUCUCUACGAAAAUUACAUCAAGAAAAAUAUAAAAUACAUGAUUUCUAUUUUGAUCGUCUCCAGGCGGCACCCAGAUUCGUGAUUCGUCCACAGAGUACAUUCUGUUACGAGGGACAGAGUGCCAAAUUCUUCUGCAGAGUGACAGCACCAGCUCCUCCCACGGUGUCAUGGUAUCGUGACAACUCAGAGCUUAGACAGAGUGUUAAAUAUAUGAAACGUUACGAGGGUCACGAUUAUUACUUCGUGAUAAACAGAUGCAAAUUGGACGAUAGAGGAGAGUACAUCAUCAGGGCAGAGAACCACUACGGAUCUAGAGAAGAACCUGUUUUCCUCAAUGUACAAUCUGUUCCAAUUGACAUUCCAAAGAUCACUCUUGAUGAGCCGGUUAGGAGAAGGCAGGAACUUCAACCUAUUCUUCCUCCAGAACCAAAGGACUGUCCUCCAUUGUUUACUUUCUUGCUGCGACCACGUAUUAUUCAAGUUGGAAUCGGCGUCAAGCUUUUGUGUUGUUUAGAAGGAAAGCCGGUACCUGAGAUCCGAUGGUUCAAAGAUGGACGAGAAGUUGGAAAACACAUGUACAGUACAUCAUUCAAUGAUGGAGUCGUUGCCCUUGAAAUUCCAUCGUGUACUUUAGACGAUGCAGGAACUUUUGUUUGUACAGCAACGAACGAAUUAGGAGAAGACCGAACGUCUUGUACAAUUAAAGUUGAAGAUCGAAGAGGUCCAUCAAGGGUGCAGUCUCCAGUCGUCACACCUAGAGUUGCCACACCUACCUUUUACAGGGACAGUAUAAAGUCGCCUUUCAUUACACCUUAUGGGUCAGUCAAAUCUUCCGCUCCCAGACCACAACCGAAAGUAGCUGACCCUGUGUCAUCCACCCUCUCAGCCGCUGCGUCGCGCCUGUCGGCUCCAGAGGCUGCUAAAAGAGCACAGAAGCCUUAUGGCAAGAAAGACAAAGGAGAUGGCACUUCAGGACUGGCCAGGUCCCGAACUGCUACGAAAGAGUUACAGAUUCCCGAGGACAAACCAAUGACACCACCCAAAUUCCUCCAGUCUCUUGGAGACAGAACUGUCCAGGACGGAGAACAAGUGACAUUGAAGUGCACUGUCUCUGGUGAUCCAGAGCCUCAAAUAGAAUGGACAAAGAACGGAAAGGUGUUGCAUUCUUCCAAAGAAAUUAGUUUGAAGUACAAACAAGGUAUUGCCACACUCACAAUAGAGGAAGUGUAUCCAGAAGAUGCCGGCGACUACGUUUGCAAGGCCACUAACUCUAUGGGAACGGUUUCUACAAAAUGCAAACUCCAAGUUUCAGGAAAGUCAAAGGCCAAAGGCUCUGAUGAAAAGGCUGCUGGAUCGAAGCCACCCAAAAUUGUAGAACAUUUGCAGAGCAAAGUUGUUAAGGAUGGAGAUCCAGUAACUUUGCAGUGUACAAUUAAAGGUGAAUCCGCCUUCGAUGUUGUCUGGCUACACAAUAACAAAGAGAUCAAGCCUAGUGAAGACUUCCAAUACGCACACGAAGGGGACGUCUAUAAGCUCGUCAUACCAGAGAUAUUCCCAGAGGAUACCGGCACCUACACGUGCGACGCCUUCAACGACAGUGGAGAAGUCUUCAGCACUUGUACCUUAGAAGUAGAAGUGCCAACGGACAAAACCAAAGGCCGCCCAGAGUUUGCAACUUAUCCAGUUUCUCUUGCUAUUCAUGAGGGACAGCCUGCUGUAUUUACAGCUGUGCUAAAGAAGGAAGCUAGAAAAGUGGAAUGGUCCAAGGAUGGUAAAGUUAUUGACUCGAAGAACACUCGAAUGAAAAUGACAUCUGAAGGUCCGAAAUACACAUUGACUAUCCCGAGUGCCGCUACAAUUGAUAUGGGCCAGUAUGUGUUCACGGCAACUGACCAGGGUGGUCAAAACGAAGCUUCCGUCUCUCUCAUCGUCUUCAACGAAUAAACGAAUUUUCACAAAUGCUCAACAUAAAACAAUGGUGUAUUUAUAAUCCAGAGUCCACUUUCCACCAUCAGAAAAAGAAGAAAAAAAUUAUCAAAAUUAAAUGAACUGUGUUUUGCUAUAAUCCUUUUUGUAUCUACUUAAUGAACUGAAACAAAUGCAACCGCUUUAUGAAGAAAAAAAAAGUCCUUGCAUCCCUACUCUUUUGUAAGAUGUGUACAAACUAUUUUUAUGGACUGAUGUACACAAGAAGAUAUAUACGAAUUGCGAAUCAUUUUAGCCUAUGAAAUGUAUAUAAAUUAUGUGUAUAUAUUAGAAAACUGAACUCUUCUCCCCUGCUUUUGUUUUACUUUUGCACAGAAUUGUUUGUUGUUUGGAAAGAAGAGAUGUCACACCGAGAAAGAUAUUUGUGAUUUGUAGUUCUAUGAAUACUGUAGCUUAUUUUGUAAUAAAAAUUUAUUAAUUCCAAAACAAUAAAAACGGAGUUCAAUAAUUUUAUAUUAAUUAAAACUUCGUUUUUAAAAAAAUUAUUUUUUAUUGAUUGAUUUAAUUAUUUGUACAUAAAUUUAAACAAAGUUUUUAUUAAAGUUGUCCUUGUGACUACAAAUCAUAAAAUAUAAUUCGUUACCGAUAGCAAAUUAAUUCUGUUUUCAGUGGUAAUUUCACAAUUAUUUAAUAUAUUAAUAAAAGAUGGAUCUUAUUUAUAUAUUAAAUUUAAUAUAUAAAUAAAAUAAAUAUUUAUUUAAAAAAUAUAUUACGUUAGUUGAAAUGGUUUUUUAAAGGAUAAACGACUGCAAAAAUGAAUUACGAAAAUAUUUUCGAAACUUGUUAAAAAAUAGUGAUUGAAAAUAAUAAAUAUAAAAUUCUCUAAAUUAAAAAAAUCAAUCAAUUUAAAAUCCUAUGUAACUAGAAUAUAAAAGAGUCAAAACAAUUUAUUUUCUAUAUUAAUAAUAUUAAGCAGUCAUAAAACAAACUCAGCCUACAAUGGUCACAAUCAUUAUAUUAAUGUUAAGAAUCAGUUCUCAUUUCCAGUUUCUUUGGUGUGAUAUUUAAAGUUCUUUCCGAACAGCAAAACAAAAAAAUGUUUAAAAAAAUGCUUGCUGUCUUUUAUUUUUAUUUUCCUGACAUGAUAACAAAGGAAUAUCUAGUUUUAAAAGAACGCAUUCGCAAGAAUUUGUUCCUCAUUUCAACUUUCAAAGAGUUUUCUAGAAAGGCUAUUGUAGCAUCACAUUUGAAUUACUUUUCCACCAUCAUCUAAAAAUCAAACGAACUUUCGAAAUCUCGGUUUCUAGAUGAUAACAUGGUGGAAGUUAACUCUUUGAGAGUUGCAUUUUAUUUAUUAUUUAAAAACAUGUUUAUCUGCAACAUUACAUGUUUAUGUCACUUGCGAUAAAUAUGUAUGCAUUUGCUUGAUAUUCUGUUUAAAAGUUUGUUUGUAAUAAAGAAUUAUUUUAAAAAUCCA